AUCGUCGCUCAGUCAGGGGUUGUCAAAGUAAGUCCGCGGGCCGUUUUGAGUAUGGAAGCAGCACCUAAAAUUAUCAAAUACUUCGGAAGAACCACUGAUUUCCGGGGAAAAACUCUCUGGGAGCUCGUGGGGAGCCUGAAGAAUUUCGGUGUUGGUCGAGUUGUGACGAGAAGUAUGUUUGAGCGAUAUCCUGAGCCGUGUUUCUAUCGGAUUCUUAAAGUCGAGGCACUUCCAAAAAGUGAGGAUCCUCUGCAAGAUAGGAAAGUGAAAGUUUGGGUGGAGAAAACACACAGAGGAAAGGUGAUGGCUAAACCAAUAGAAAUAAUGGGAACAUCUUACAAGGCGGACUAUAAACUCAUCCCAAAGCACGAAGAAGCAGAAUAUUGCCGGAAAAGUUCUCCCAGGCAAGAGAAGAUUCUGCCAAGAUUCAUUGAUGCGCCUCCUUUACUUCGUGAAUAUUUGAAAGAGGAAACAGGACAAGAAAAUCCACAGAUACCGCUCAUAAUCAAUAAAUAUGGAUACAAAAAUUACCGCUUAGUAGAGGAAGGAGAGACACCCAAUGUAGAACUGAAAAUGGGAUUGGGAACACCAGUGAAUCCUCGAUUAUAUCCAUCAAGAGAUGUUGAAAGUAAAUAGGUAUUUAUUUGAGUUUUUACCUUACAAACUAAAAUGCUUUUAAGCAUUACACGUCUGUCUCCGACAUCCCGUGACCAGGAUGAUUACCCCUGGGUCACGUGGAGUCAAAGAGUAUGAGAGAAUAUUAUGGUUAGUAAUGUCUUGUUUGGCAGAAGACAUCCACUGGAUUAGUA